AUGGUGGAAAAGAGGAUUUCAGCUCAAGGUGCUUGGUACCAGCUUGCCGUUGCCUUCUUCUUCCUACAGCUCGUCUCCGCCAAGGAAUGGCGGCACAAAGAGAGGAUCAACACCUCCGUCUCCGCCGUCUUCACCUUCGGAGACUCGAUUGUGGACCCCGGCAACAACAACGACAUAGCUACGACGACCAAAAGUAACUUCCCACCGUACGGAAGGGAUUUCCCUGGCCGGCAGCCGACUGGGAGGUUCUGCAAUGGCCGGCUUGGGACGGAUUUCAUCGGUGAGCAAGAAAGUUACUAGUGAUAGAUUGGAAUCAACCUUCUUCCACCCCACACUUACUUCCUCUAAUCCGCCAAUGUCAGCGGCAUCUUCUUCUCCUGGACAUGGGCGAGGUAUAACAGAUGUUUUAGUUCAAACGGGAUAACUUGUUUGCAGCUUCUAUUGUUGGAGUCAAGGACAACGUACCGGCUUAUCUGGACGACUCUCUGAGUAUGGAGGAACUGUUGACGGGCGUUGGCUUUGGCUCGGGGGGAACAGGGUUGGAUCCUCUCACAUCACAGCUCAGCGUAAGCAUCGUCUCUCUCUCUCUCUCUCUCUCUCUCUCUCUCUCUCUCUCUCUCUCUCUCUCUCUCUCUCUCUCUCAAAUCAAAAGCCCGAAGGCAGCAACAAAAUAAACAUCGUUAUCAAUUAGCUUUUGUGUGAAAGUGUUUGGAAACUUUAUAGCGACAGCAACCUUAAGUCGAAAUCAAACUUUUUGCAAAAACUUUGAUUCUGAAUGUUAAGUAAGAAUGAGAUAAUAUUACUACAUUUAUUUUAAAACAGUUAUUUAACUCUGCCAAAAUAUUUCAAAGUAAACUAAGGUUUACGUUCAUUCAGAUUUGAGGUAUUUUUCUUAUACCCUAGUAUCAUAGAAGCUUAAUUUCUUAUUGUAUAGCAGCAAAUUCUGUAAUAAAAUAGUAUUUUUAUUCCAUAUAUUAUCACUAGAAUUUCUCAAGACAAUUUUUUUAAAAUUUUUAAUAUAGUUAUAAUUUUAAGGUUUAUUUUAAUAAGCAUUAGGUUAUGAGUAUAACUUAGAAAAAUACUAAACUAUAAGAAAGUCAUAGCCAUCAACCGCGACUUCAUAUGGUCUGCAACACAGAGCUUUUGAUAAUUCUGAACUAAAAUGUUAAUUGGGGUGGUCGCAUGGAAUAAUCAUGAAAACGACAUUAACUGUUCUUUGAUAUGAAAUAUGAUCAGUGUUAAAAUUUCAAACUUCGCGAAAUCACUUGAACAGCAAUGAAAAUCUUGCCCACCGACGGAAAGUCUUAUCAGCAGAAGCUACUGCAGGCAGUAAUUCCGAUGCGGCAACAACUCAACUACUUCCGAGAGUACCUCGCUAGGAUUGAACUGGCGGUGGGGAGGAAGCUGAAGGACGACAUCAUGGAGAGAGCAAUUUUCGUCGUCAGCGCUGGGACCAACGAUUUCAUAACGAACUAUAAUACGUACCCUUUCAGACGUCAUGAGUUCAGCGUAGAAGAGUAUGGGAGCUUCCUGCGGCAAAGGCUCUGGGAGUUUCUUGAGGUUUUGUUUCUCACUUCAAUAUUUCGGUUUGGUGCUUCCCUGGCUUUCUUUGCUUUCUUUAAUGCCUACCUGUAGACUCUGAGGUGAAAUUAAAGAGGGUAGAGAAUCAUGGUUGGUAGAACAUGUGACCGCGAUGUUCUUUAGGAUAGAAAACAGAUAGAGAAGAUAAUUCGGUUAACAAAUCAAAAGGGAUUUUAGUUGGUUAAUUUUUUUUUAUUGAAUAAAAAAUAAAUGGGAAGGGGUCCCACGUGAAGUGUUAAAUGCCCCACCGUUUAACGACAAGCUAGAGUAAUAAACAAUGGAGAAGGAAAGUCGCUUAGACCAAAACACACCGAUAUACUUGGAAGUUUCCAACAUGGGAAACUUUCACAAAAGAAGAAUGAAACCUCCUGAAUAGGGAACAUUAAGGUUCGUCAUACCUGUGCUCUUUUUUUCACCAUGCACGCACCACAAGAUACCAAAUAGUCAAGUUUUGCUUAUCAUUUUACCCUAGCUGAGAUUAGUGUAUAUAUUCCUUGUUCAAAUGCAAGAAUGUCCCCACUUAAUGGGAAAAAUGACAACCUUUUAAUAAGCUACUACUGUGUGUAAGCCCACAUAGGCUGUCAUCGUCAAUAUGGAAAAUAUGAGACAUGAUCUUUACAGUUUGGAUCUGUGUCCAAUUUACACACAUGACGAGCCAUUCAUCGAGUACUUGACGUGUAGGGACUUGCGGAACUUGGGGCACGGAAAAUUGGGAUACUGUCUCUCCCUCCAAUGGGGUGCCUUCCAAUAGUUAUAUCUGUCAACUCCAUGGGUGAAAUAUUUGACCGCCGCUGUGUCGUGGAGCUUAAUGCCAUGAGCAGAGACUACAAUGCCAAGCUUCGAAUGGAACUGGAAUCCCGACCCAUUUCGCCUGCCAUCGCCAAUGUCUCUUAUGUUGACAUCUACAGUCCGAUGGAGCAACUGAUCCGCAGGCCCGCGGAGUUCGGUGAGCAUUGCUGGUAAUGUUCUUCCCCCGCGAGUUCAGUCGGGAUGUUCACUAAUUUUGUUUUCAAUUCGUGAGAAUAGGACUAGAGGAGACAACGACGGGUUGCUGCGGGACGGGGCUGGUGGAGCUGGGCUUCCUUUGCAACCCCAAGUCAGUAACCUGCCCUGAUGCAUCCAAGUACCUCUUCUGGGACGCUGUCCAUCCCACAGAGAAGGCAUACGCCCUCAUUAUCGACGCUCUCCGCCCAGCCAUCGCUCACAUCAUUCGGGCCUAG